AUGGCUAAUCCUAAUUUCAGACAGGACGGUGACAAGAAUGUCCUGAACACUGUAGUGUUGUGGUGUUGUUGUGGGUUCUUUUUCAUAAUUUGUGGCUACGGCUUGUACCGGCAGCAUACGCUGGAGCAGCGAGUGCUAGUGUUGGAGCAGCACUUCCAGGAACUGCGGAGAGCUGCGCAAGUGCAGGAGCCGUCGCUGGCCGCAGGACCAGAGCUCUCCAGGAAGGAGCGAGAUGUAGGAGACUGCAUCUGUCCCGCAGAACAUUGCCUCUCUCAGCCCGCGGCUCCAGUAUCCUCGGAGGAGUACUUGGAGGGAAGUUCCACUUCCACUCCAUAA